GUCGUAGAGCUGAUGAAUCGUUAUCGUACAUUUAAGAAUCCACAAAAAUUGUUAGAAAACGAAGAAAUGAUAGAUGAGAUCGUUAGACAAGUUGUUAAUAUAUUUCUGUUUAGACUAAAAGUACAAGAACCCAUCGCCCAUUGGAAAUUUUUUGAAAACAAGACAAGCAUCAAUACUAUUAUGAUGGAAGCAUCUUUAGAUAAUGCUGAGCUUGAAAAUGUAUUUGUUGAUGUUUGUUCAUUUCCGGUAAUUGGGUCUAAUCUUUGUGAAGCUGAUGAAGAAAAUAAAAAUUUGAAAGUAAUCUUUCAAGCUCAAAUUAUUCCCACUAAUUACGAAUAG